CACAUUUCCACUAUCAUGAGACGAGCCCUUCGCCACGCGAAGAAUGCCCUCGACCAUGAGUCUCACCUUCUGCAUUCUCAGAUUCCGGACUUUCUGUGCCCAGCACUCCUCCGACCACCUCUGGUCUCUCCGAUACGCUUUUCAAGUUCGCCGCGCCCAACGAAACCAUUCUCGACUCUAGGAAGAAGAAGAAAUGAAGCCGCUGUCAGUGCGAACGAGCACGCCUCUCCCGAACCUCUUCAAUCCGUACCUGCGACCCCCUCCCCAAUCCGGUCCCUCCCACGCGCUUGCCCUGGCUGCGGAGCCCCUUCACAAGUCUACGAUAAGAAGGAAGCAGGAUACUAUGACAUUGACCGCAAAGCUGUGAAGAGAUAUCUGAACUACGACCCGGAGGAACAGGAAAGGAAGCAAACUAGCAAGGAAGAUGAGAACACCAUCUACACCGAGUCACUGAAAGCAUUAGACCCCAAGAUCCGUGAGGAACUCGGUCUCCCUGCAGAGACCCCCGAAGUCGCGCCAGAGGAGCCAGAGAAGGCAACUCCUCCUGAUACUCCCGUCUGCGAUCGCUGCCACAACCUCAUCCAUCACCAUAUUGGGACGCCUAUCCACCAUCCCUCCGUCGAGGCAAUCCAACAGACGAUCGCCGAAUCCCCCCAUCGCCGCAACCACAUCUACCAUGUCCUCGACGCCGCAGACUUCCCACUCUCCCUUAUUCCAAAUCUACAUUCAGCGCUGCGAUUGCCCAAGCUACGAACACAGAACCGAAGAGCUAAACAUAAAGGCUGGGUUGGGGAAAAUAGGAUUGCGCAGGUCAGCUUCAUCAUAACCAGGGCCGACUUGCUGGCCCCCCUGAAGGAGCAGGUUGACAAGCUGCUCCCAUAUAUGCAAGAGGUACUCCGCGAUGCUCUAGGCCGCGUCAAUCGCAAUGCGCGUCUCGGAAAUGUGCAUCUCGUCAGCGCCAAACGAGGCUGGUGGACCACCAAAGUCAAGGAAGACAUCUGGGAGCGUGGCGGCGCAGGCUGGAUGGUCGGCAAAGUCAAUGUCGGCAAAUCCAAUCUCUUCGAAGUUGUCUUCCCCAAAGGCCGCGGCGCCGACUACCAACCCAUUGCGCAGAUCCGCAGCGCCGCCGAACGCGAACAAAUGCUUGCCCGUGCAAACACCUUAGAAGAGCUCGAACGCGUACAAAGGCAACUCGCAGAGGAAGAUGCCGCCAUCGAGCGUAGACGAAAGCAACCCAUCCUCGAGCCCGAGGAAUCCCUUCCCGAAGAGGACGAAGAAGAUUUCGACCCCGACGCCCUCCUGCCCCCUCGCCAACCAUACACCCCUUACCCGGUCCUCCCACUCACCUCCUCCCUCCCCGGCACCACCGCUUCACCCAUCCGCAUCCCCUUCGGCCGCAACCGCGGCGAACUCAUCGACCUCCCGGGCCUCGCCCGCACAAACCCCGAUCUUACCACCUUUGUCCACCCAGACCAUCACGACGACCUCGUAAUGAAACACCGCGUCAGUCCUGAUCGUCUCCCCAUUCGACCACGCCAGUCCCUCCUUCUAGGCGGCGGCCUCAUACGCAUCACUCCCGUAACCGAAAACCUCGUUUUCCUCGCACACGCCUUCACCCCUAUCGAGCCGCACGUCACGUCGACCGAGAAGGCAAUCGGCAUCCAGAAUCAGACUCGCGAAUCGGGCGUUCCCUCCAUCCUCCUCCCCAACGUGGGCCCCAAGAUGAAAUCUGCAGGCACAUUCCAGCUGAAAUGGGACGCCACCAAGAAACUGGCGGGGCCUCUCACGUCCCCCGUGGCAGGCAAGAUGAGACCCGAAAACCUGCCGUUUACGAUCUGGAGCACAGAUAUCCUGAUUGAGGGCGUUGGGUGGGUGGAACUAAGUGCGCAGGUGCGGAAACCCAAGGGUUGGCAACCCGUGGGGAUGGUGAAGAAGGAUCCGAAUCACGCCAAGAUUGAAAGGGAGAGGAGGGCGGCGGAGGAGAAGCGGAGGAAGGACGAAAAGUUUGCGGCUUUGAGGACCGAGGCUGCUGCUGAGGGGGAAGGCGAUGCGUUUGAUCGCGCGGGGAUUACGGGCUUCUCGACCACGCAGGCGGCGCGCGAGGAGCGCGAGAAGCAGCAGCGGCGUGAGGAUGCCGAGGCGUUUGUCGAGGAGAUGGAGCAGCAAGAGUUUCCCGAGGUGGAGGUUUUUACGCCCCUGGGAAAGUAUGUUGGUGCGAGGAGGCCCAUGUGUGGCAGUGUGUUGGGCGGGAAGAAGUAUGUUUCUAGUCGGGAGAGGAAGGCGAGGCCGAGGCGGGCGAUGGCGCCGGUGAGGGGGAAGGCGAGUAGUGUGAAGAAGGAGGCGAGGAGGGGGACCAGUGGGUGAGUAGUCAGUCGAUGCCUAUUCAUGUUGGAAACAUCUCUAGCUAUAGCUCGUUGUAUGAGCGAAGAGAGAUGUAUCACCACACUGUACGAAAAGCGAUUGUAAAUUAUGUCAUCUAAAUUUCUGUGUAGAAUAAUGUAGACACCCAG